AUGUCUAAAACCCUUCUCUCUCGCAUCAAACCGCUUACCAAUCCUCCUCCAUCUCAUCUCCCAAUAACUCCCAAAAUCAGGAAACAAGUUAGCGACACCGUCAACAUCCUCAAAACCCAGCAAAACUGGUCUGAAUUGCUCGAUGAUGAUGAAGUCCGCCUCGUCGACAUUUCUCCUUACGUUUUCGAUCGAAUCCAGGAUGUGGAAAUCGGGGUUAAGCUUUACGAUUGGCUGUCGAGUCAGAGAAAAGAGGAGCUCUUUUCAAAUGGGUUUGCUUGUUCUUCGUUUCUGAAGCUCUUAGCGAGGCAUAGGAUCUUCGAUGAGAUUGAAGAUGCGUUGGGAAAUCUCAGAAAAGAAAAUGUGAAGGUUACUCAUGAAGCAUUGAGCCACGUUCUUCACGCGUAUGCUGAAUCAGGGGUUUUGAGUAAAUCCGUGGAGAUUUAUAAUUAUGUGGUUGAAUCGUACGGUUCUGUGCCUGAUGUUAUUGCUUGUAACUCGUUGUUGAGUUUACUUGUCAAAAGUAGGAGACUUGAAGAUGCACGGAAGAUGUAUGACGAAAUGUGUGAGAGAGGUGGUUGUGUCGAUAAUUACAGUACUUGUAUACUGCUCAAGGGUAUGUGUAGUGAAGGGAAGGUAGAAGAAGGUAGAAAGCUUAUUGAAGAUCGAUGGGGGAAAGGUUGUGUUCCGAAUAUUGUGUUUUACAACACAAUCAUUGGUGGAUACUGCAAGCGAGGCGACAUUGAAAAUGCGAAUGUAGUUUUCAAGGAGUUGAAAUCAAAGGGAUUUAUGCCAACUUUGGAAACUUUUGGAACAAUGAUAAACGGUUUCUGCAAGAAGGGGGAUUUCGCGGCGAGUGAUCGGCUUUUGAGGGAAGUGAAAGAAAGGGGUUUAAUAGUCAGUGUUCGGUUCCUGAACAACAUCAUGGAUGCUAAGUAUAGGCACGGUUCGAAGGUUGAACCAGCUGAGAGUAUACGAUGGAUAAUGGCUAAUGGUUGCAAGCCUGAUAUAGCAACAUAUAACAUUUUGAUUAAUCGUUUUUGUAAAGAAGGGAAAAAAGAAGAUGCUGUUGGGCUUUUGGAUGAAGCAUCAAAGAAAGGGUUAACUCCGAGCAAUAUAAGCUAUGCCCCUUUAAUACAAGCCUAUUGCAAAAGCAAAGAGUAUGAUAUUGCUUCUAAGUUGCUUCUACAGAUGGUUGAAAGAGGAUGCAAACCAGAUAUAGUUACAUAUGGAAUUCUUAUUAAUGGUCUUGUUGUUUCAGGCCAUAUGGAUGAUGCAGUUAAGAUGAAAGUUAAAAUGAUAGAUAGAGGAGUUUCACCGGAUGCCGCCAUCUACAAUAUGUUGAUGAGUGGAUUGUGUAAGAGCGGUAGAUUUUUACUUGCCAAACAACUCUUUUUGGAGAUGUUAGACCGGAAUAUUUCACCAGAUGCUUAUGUGUAUACCACGCUCAUAGAUGGAUUCAUCAGAAGUGGUAAUUUUGAUGAGGCAAGGAAGGUUUCCACUCUCUCAGUUUUGCAGAUCUGGAAUGUUGAUGCCGUGCACCACAAUGCUAUGAUAAAAGGGUUUUGCAGAUCUGGAAUGUUGACUGAGGCAUUGUUGUGCAUGAAUAGGAUGACUGAAGAAAAUCUUGUACCAGAUGAGUUCACUUAUUCCACAAUCAUCGAUGGGUAUGUAAAGCAACAGGAUAUGACAACCGCCAUUAAGAUUUUCCGAGACAUGGGUAAGAGUAAAUGUAAGCCAAACGUGGUAACUUACUCAUCCCUUGUUAAUGGAUUUUGUUGCCAAGGGGAUUUCAAAAUGGCUGAAGAGACUUUCAACGAGAUGCAAUCAUUUGGCCUUGUGCCUAACGUUAUCACCUACACAACACUCAUAAGAAGUUUUGCUAAAGAUGGGAGCACCCUUGGGAAAGCAGUUUACUACUGGGAGCUAAUGUUGAGAAACAAAUGUGUCCCAAAUGAAGUUACCUUCAAUUGUCUACUUGAGGGAUUUGUGAAGAAAACAUCUGGAGAAGUUCUUGCUGAACCAAAUGGAUUUAAUGAGAGACAAAGUUCUCUGUUUUUUGAGUUUUUCUAUAAAAUGAAAUCAGAUGGGUGGUCGGACCAUGGUGCUGCUUACAAUUCUGUCCUCGUUUGUCUCUCUGUACAUGGAAUGGUGAAGACUGCUUGCAGGUUUCAGGAUAGGAUGGUGAAGAAAGGUUUCUCUCCUGAUCCUGUUUCAUUUGCUGCUAUUUUACAUGGCUUUUGUGUGGUUGGGAACUCAAAUCAAUGGAAGAACACAGACUUCUGCAAUCUGGACAAGAAGGGCCUUGAGAUAGCUGUUAGAUAUUCGCGUGUUUUAGAGCGACACUUACCUCAAGCAGUGAUCUCUGAGGCUUCAACAAUUUUGCAUGCAAUGGCUGAAAAUGCAGACACCAAAGAACAUGAUACCUGUAGAAUCUCAGCAGAUAGAGAUAGGGUUUGCUGCUGAAUGAAGAGAAAAAAAAAUGAUCUCAGAAUGUGUACUACUUUCUUGUAUUUGCAAACAGGAGCGUCUCAUCAACUCUCAAAGUGGUACAUGAACAAGUUGUUGUUGU